AUGAAAAACCUCACCACACUGACUGACUUCAUCCUGCUGGGUCUGACGGACGCUCCUGAAUUCCAAGUUGUGCUUUUCCUCUUUCUCUUUCUUACCUACAUGUUCAGCGUCAUUGGCAACCUGACCAUCAUCACACUCACCCUGCUAGAUUCUCACCUCCAAACUCCCAUGUAUUUCUUCCUUCGGAAUUUCUCCAUUUUAGAAAUUUCCUUCACGUCUGUUUUUAUUCCCAGACUCUUGUACAGUAUCUCAACAGGGAACAAAACCAUUAGCUUUGUUGGUUGUUUCAUUCAGUACUUUUUUGCUAUAUUUCUGGGGGCCACUGAGUUUUACCUCCUGACUGCCAUGUCCUAUGAUCGCUAUGUUGCCAUCUGCAAGCCCCUACAUUACACAAUCAUCAUGAGCAGCAGAGUCUGUAUCCUACUUGUUCUUUGCUCUUGGUUCGCUGGGUUCCUGACUUCUCUCUCAGUAGUCUUAAUGGCGAAUCGCCUAAACUUCUGCUCAUCCAAUGUCAUAAAUCAUUAUUGCUGUGAUACAACUCCCCUUCUGAAACUCUCCUGCUCAGAUACCAGUCUAACAGAAUUAGUUGAUUCAUUCUUAGCUGUUCUGACACUUGUGAUAACCCUAGUGCUUGUGAUGCUCUCUUACACAAACAUAAUUAGGACAAUUCUCAAAUUUCCUUCUGUUCAGCAAAGGAAGAAAGCCUUUUCCACCUGUUCCUCCCACAUGAUCGUACUCUCUCUCUCUUUUGGAAGCUGCAUCUUCAUGGAGAUCAAGCCAUCAGCAAAGGAUGACGCUACCUUCAACAAGGGAGUAGCUGUGCUCAAUAGUUCAAUAAGCCCUCUGCUGAAUCCCAUCAUCUAUACGCUGAGAAAUAAGCAGGUGAUACAAGCCUUCAAGGACUUGGUCCAAAAGAUAAUGAGCCAUUGA